AUGUUCCGUAUCGCCCCCACUCUUACGCGCCUUCCCCGACUAACCCGAGCACUCUCCUCUGAAGUCUCUUUCGCCCUGAGCGAAGAACAGCAUGCUAUCCAAGAUCUGGCACGCAAGUUCACGAGGGAGGAGAUCGUGCCCCUGGCGGCGGAGUAUGAUCGAUCUAUGGCCUACCCUUGGCCUAUAAUCGAGAAAGCGCACGAAACGGGCUUGUUGAACCUCCACGUUCCUGAGAAGUACGGCGGACCCGGGCUGUCACUACUCAGCUGUGCGCUCGUUUCCGAGGAGAUCGCCUACGGGUGCACUGGCAUGCAGACGGCGAUGGAAGCGAUCGGACUUGCCGAAGCGCCCGUCAUCGUGGCCGGCAACGAAGAGCAAAUACAAAAGUACCUGGGCCGGAUGACCGAAGCGCCGCUCGUUGCUGCCUACGGUGUGACAGAGCCCGAUGCAGGGUCGGACGUCGCUGGCAUCAGGACGACUGCGAAGAAGGUGGGGGAGAACUGGGUGCUCAACGGGACGAAGAUGUGGAUCACUAAUGCCGGCCAUGCGAAUUGGUUCUUCGUGCUGGCGAAGAGUGAUGCCAGUGCAAAACCGAGCCAGGGCAUGACUGGGUUCAUCGUUGACGCCGAUACUCCGGGGAUACACUUGGGGAAGAAGGAGAUAAACAUGGGUCAGCGUUGUUCGGACACUAGGAUGGUCACGUUCGAGGAGGUGGUUGUACCCCCCCAGAAUGUACUGGGGAAGGAAGGCGAGGGGUUCAAGAUCGCCAUGAAGGCGUUUGAUAUCACCCGCCCGUUGGUGAGCAGUGCUGCUGUAGGUUUGGCACAAAGAGCGCUGGAGGAAGCGGUCAAGUAUGCCCAGGGUCGUAAGACGAUGGGCAAACCGAUCAUCGAACAUCAGGCAGUGGCGUUCAUCCUUGCGGAUAUGGCGAUCCAGACAGAGGCAGCGAGGAACCUGGUCUGGAAAUCCGCUUGGACGAAGGAUGCAGGGUUGCCUAACACCUUCUACGCAUCCAUCGCGAAAACGUUCGCCUCUCGGACUGCGGUAGAGAACGCCAACCAAGCCGUGCAAGUGUUCGGCGGAGCCGGGUUCAACACCGAGUACCCCGUGGAGAAGCUGUAUAGGGACAGCAAGAUCUUCGAGCUGUAUGAGGGGACGAGUCAGAUCCAGAGGCUGGUCAUCUCCAGGAGCUUGGCGGGGUUGUAUCCUGCCGAGUAGAGCGUGAAGGGGAGAUGAUUCAGGAAGGAUCGAGGCGCUUGGGCACAGUGUACUCAUAGAAAGACCAAAAAAUGCAACCAUAAG